CUCCCCCACUGUCAUCUUUAUAAAUAAAAGCUUUCUUAACAAAGACAAAAGUGCUUUGUGGAUGAACACAAGAAGAAGAAGUUGGCGGUUUCUGGUUUUGUGAGGUCGAAGGAAUUAUGGGUUCCCUCAUGGCAGGCUGGGACUCGCAUGUCCCUGAUCCUAGAAUUGUGAAGUUGGAGAGAAACAAGUCAGUGACCAAAGACGAGAUCGAAGCCUACUGGAAGUCCAAGAAGAAAGCUGAGGAUGAGCAUCUCAGAGCCAUUUCUGAUGUUUUACUCAAGAGGAAUCUGCAGCAACAAAACAUAUUAAAUGAGACGGGGGGAGGGAAGUUUCAGAGAUCAAACUCUCUGCCUUUGGCCAGAACGAAACAGGGUAUGGGUCUCCACCUGGAAACGGAAAUCGGCCAGGACCAUGAUAGCUUCGACAACAUCAUAGCCAAAAGUGGAUGGUGGACAAGAAGCAACUCAGCGUUUUUGAACGAGCCGCCGGUGCUGGCGCCGGAAGGCUCACACAAGUACGUGUCUCAGUUCCAUAUAGCCAACAUGGCCCAGUCCAAGCCCGAGAGUCACACUGGAAUCACUGCUUAACUGAGAUCUUUGUGCGUGUAUAUAUGGGCGUGUGUGUGUAUGUGUGUCUUCUAUCUAAGUAUGUAACCCCUCUCUCUCUCUCUCACUCACUAUAUAUAUAUAUAUAUAUGUCUUAUAUGUAUAUAAGUGGGAUAUAUCCGUAUCCAUACACUAAUAAUAGGGUGUAAUAGGGUGGUGGUUUGUGACCGUAUCUAUGUUGUCUAAUACGAUGAAUCCCUCCCAGACUAAAGAGGGAUCGGACGGCUGACAGCAUUUCCCUGAUACUAUAUGAGCCAAUUUUUGUUGGUUCUUCUAUCUUCUAUAUAUAUAUAUAUAUAGAUUUGUGGCCUUGCUUUC